GACGCGCGGGAGGGAACCCGAACCCGGGUCGCCCCUGGCCGGGCCUGGAAAGAGCCUCGAGCCUGCGCUUUGCGGGGGACACGUUGGGCAGAGGGGUUGUCCCGGGUUGGGGGGGGGGGGUCCUUGGAUGGAAUUGGAGGAGGAGGAGGAGGACGGAGGACCCGAUCGUCUCGGAGCUAGCCCAGAGACAGCCGAAGCUGCACCUGGCCAGCGCGGGCCAGCGCUGUCCCGAACGUCGUAGGCCAGGCCCGGCUCUUGGGCAUCUAUCUAUCUCCGCAGGCUGUUGGGCAUCCCAACUAUCGGGACCUGGACCUGGACCUGGACUGACUCAAGUUCCUCCCCGCAGAGGAGAACCCGGAGCUUGGCGGAGAAGACACGGUGCUGGGCUCUUUGGUGGCCCAAAGCUGAUCCCGGUGGGGGGGAACCGGCCUUCCGACCCAGGCCUCCCCGGGCACGGAUGUGCCGCUGCCCGCUGGAGCACCAUGACGGCGGGAUGACCUCCCAGGAGCCAGUGGCAAUGGCUGGCCGAGCUCAGGAGGCUGGGUCCCCGGAAGGGUCCCCCAGGGGCCCCCCACGGAUCCUCGGGUGGCCCGGCCGAGCCCAGGUGGCGCUGGCCGCCCUGGUGUGGCUGCUGGCAGGAGCCGGCAUGUCGAGCCUCAACAAGUGGAUUUUCACGGUGCAUGGCUUCGGGCGGCCCCUGCUGCUGUCUGCGCUGCACAUGCUGGCCGCGGCGUUGGUCUGCCAUCGAGGGGCCAGCCACCCCAUGCCCACCGGGACCCGCCGCCAGGUGCUCCUGCUCAGCCUCACCUUUGGCACGUCCAUGGCCUGUGGCAACGUGGGCCUGAGCACCGUGCCGCUGGACCUGGCCCAACUGGCCACCACCACCACCCCGCUCAUCACGCUGGCCCUCUCGGCCCUGCUCCUGGGCCGCCGCCACCAUCCACUGCAGUUCGUGGCCAUGGGCCCCCUCUGUCUGGGGGCUGCUUGCAGUCUGGCAGGGGAGCUGAGGGCACCUCCCGUGGGCUGCGGCUUCUUGCUGGUGGCCACCUGCCUCCGUGGCCUCAAGUCCAUUCAGCAGAGUGCCCUGCUGCAGGAGGAGAGACUAGACGCGGUGACUUUGUUGUAUGCCACCUCCCUGCCUAGCUUCUGCCUGCUGGCGGGUGCGGCCCUGGUGCUGGAGGCUGGUGUGGUCGCUCCGCCUGUACCCACCGACUCCCAGCUAUGGACCUGCAUCUUGCUCAGCUGCCUCCUGUCCGUGCUCUACAACCUGGCCAGCUUUUCCCUGCUGGCCCUCACCUCUGCCCUCACCGUGCAUGUCCUGGGCAACCUCACAGUCGUGGGCAACCUUGUCUUGUCCCGGAUCCUAUUUGGGAGCCGCCUCAGCACCCUCAGUUACGUGGGCAUCGCCCUCACUCUGUCGGGAAUGUUCCUCUACCACAACUGCGAGUUUGUGGCCGCCUGGGCUACCCGCAGGGGUUUGUCGAGGAGGGACAGGCCUGACAAAGGACUUUAAGAUCUUAGAGUGUGCCUGGGCCAGCCCCAGUCCGCAUCCAGCUUUGGCUUCGGGGAACUAGGAGAAAAGGAGAAAGAAAGGGCUGUUGCAAUCUCCAUGUCAGGAGAGGGGCCUCUUAAAGAGACUGCUGGGGA